AUGACCUAUAAACGAAAGAAAUAUCAUCAAGGUGAUACUCAUUUAAAAAAGCGAUGGAGAGUAAGAAAUAGAAAAAAAGAUCUUGAUGAAAUCGAUAAUGAUUUGAAGGAAGACAAUGCUGAGAAAUUAUUGAAUCAAACAGUAGAUUUAGAUUUACCAGGCGCAGCGCAGCAUUAUUGCCUUCAUUGUGCUCGCUAUUUUAUUGAUGAAAAAGCUCUUACAGAACAUUUUAAAACAAAAGUACAUAAAAGGAGGUUAAAAGCUCUAGAAUUAGAACCUUAUAGUAUAGAAGAGUCCGAACGUGCCGCUGGACACGGCAAUUUUAAACUUCCUAAUAAAAGGAAAAUUGUGACUCAAAAUUCCAAAGAUUUGCUAGAUCAAGAUGGAGAUGCUGUAUUAGAUGAAAACACUCCUACUAAGAAAAAGAAAGUAGACAAUACACUCCAGCAAAUUCUGAAGAAAUCAGCUUAUUUAAUGUAA